AUGAACUCUCCUCUCUUCUUCACCACCACCGUAAUUUUCUCUCUCGUCUUUUCACUCCCCACCUCCUUUUCAGACCUUGCCACUGACCGUGCGGCCCUCUUAGCCCUCCGCUCAGUCGUGGGCGGCCGAGCUCUCCUCUGGAACCUGUCGGAACCCACCCCAUGUUCAUGGUCUGGCAUCACCUGCUCUUCUAAUCCACCUAUCGUCACUGAGCUCCGCCUCCCCGGAAUGGGUCUUUCCGGCGCAAUCCCAAUGAACACUGUCGGAAAUCUGACCCACCUCCGCAUCCUUUCUCUGCGCUUCAACUCUCUCUCUGGCCCACUUCCCUCCGACAUUUCCUCUCUCUCCGAACUCCGUAACCUCUACCUCCAGGAAAAUGCAUUCUCUGGUCCAAUCCCUGCCUCUCUCUCUGUUCUCACUAAUGUUGUUCGCCUCGACCUUGCCAACAACAACUUCUCAGGCUCUAUUCCUUCUUCACUCAACAAUUUGACCCGUUUGAGUACUCUUUAUUUACAAAAUAAUAAUCUCACUGGGCCAAUUCCUGACCUGAAUUCCUCCAGUUUGGUUCUGUUAAAUGUUUCAAACAACCAAUUAACCGGUCCUAUUCCUUCAAGGUUUUCAAGAAUGCCCACGAGUGCAUUUCAGGGUAAUUCUCUUUGUGGAGGUCCACUAUUAUCUUGUGAUGGUACUGGAAGUGGGGGUGGUAAGAAACUAUCUGGUGGUGCAAUUGCUGGAAUUGUAAUUGGAUCCGUACUUGGGUUUUUGUUGAUUGUUGUGAUUUUGGUGCUUUUGUGUCGUAAAAAGUGGAGUAAGGAAGUAGGAUCUAAGGGUAAAGUUGCAAUGAAGAAGGGAGAUCCUGAAAUGCCUCGCAAAAAAUCGAUUGAGAGUGGGGAUAGGGAUAGUUCGAGUAGUGGGUUUCCAGCAGUGGCAGUAACAAAGGGGAAGGGUGGUGGUAAUGGUGGUGGUGAGGGUAAGAAUUUAGUUUUUUUUGGGGAAUCGGUUAGGACUUUUGAUUUGGAGGAUCUGUUGAGGGCGUCUGCAGAGGUUUUGGGGAAGGGAACAUUUGGGACGGCGUAUAAGGUCGUGCUGGAGGUGGGGACGGUGCUGGCAGUGAAGAGGUUGAAGGAUGUGGGUGUGCCGGAGAAAGAGUUUAGGGAGAAGAUUGAGGUGGUUGGAAAGAUGGAUCAUGAGAACUUAGUGGCUCUCAGGGCUUAUUACUAUAACAGGAAUGAGAAUCUGCUUGUUUUUGAUUAUCUGCCUGUGGGAAGCUUGUCUUCUCUUUUGCAUGAAAUUGAUGCCAAUGCCUACUUCACAGCAGCUACAAUGAUCAUAGCCGUCCCCACAAACAUAAAAAUCAUUCGUUGGACCACUACCAUGUGGGGUUAG